GACGAAGUCGAUGACCAUUGACCAUUAACCAUGAUCUUUUCGCUGUACAUCAUCAACAAGGCCGGCGGUCUAAUCUACCAGCGCAACUUCACGGAGCCUGAGAAGGGCGGGUUGGCCAAGUUGUCGUCAAACGACUACCUCGUCCUCGCCGGAACUUUCCACGGCGUCCACGCCAUCACCGCACAAAUCUCCCCCCUCCCCCACUCCUCCGGCAUCGAAUCCCUCGAAACAGAAAACUUCCGCAUCCAAUGCUUCCAAACCCGUACAGGCACGAAAUUUCUCCUAUUUACCGAACCACGACAACCGAAUUCGGAGAGUGUGGCUCGGAGGGUGUAUGAGUUGUACACGGAUUAUGUUAUGAAGAAUCCGUUUUAUCAGGUUGAGAUGCCCGUUAGGUGUGAGAUGUUUGAUAGACACCUCGCAGCGUAUCUUUCCUCAGUAUAGUCGUCGGAGAAGGGUAUGGGGAAAGAGGAGAAAAGGAAGUGGGUACAACGGCGUCAACGGAGUUCUAUCUUGUUUUUCCAAAAGGGUCACUAUUAUUCAUUCACAUAUACCAAAGACUCUUGAGGAUUAUGAAAUAUGCGUAUGAAAGCUUCCAAACGUGCAAGAACAAGAAUCAUCAACCCGAUCGCGAAAGCAAAAUCCAAACAAUUGCAAAACGAGACAAACGCUCACAAU